CUCCCACUGAGUGAAGAGCGCAGAUCUGAGAGGAGGGUUCAACAAACCACAACGACCGUCUAACGGGAUUUUACAAUGCAGAACCGAGCACUGAUUCUCGACGCUUCUUUUCGGAUUAACGAAAGACGUCAAACGUUUAAAGCAACGUUGUGUCGAUUCUUUAUGAGCCUUCAUUACUUAUUGUGGGUUUCUCUAGUCGCAGGUACAAAUGCUGAAUGUCCUCUUGAGCUCAACCCACAGCGAGUUGUUGUGAGGUACGGCAGCUCUGUUUCAGUGGACUGCAGCACUAAUAUCACACAUAAAGGGAUCGGGUGGGAAGCCAGUGAGGGACCAGUACCCACGAAUAGAGACCAGAAUCUGAUCACCUGGAGAGUGUUGAGCCUGAGACAAUGGGACAUAAAGCCAAUCUGCUAUAUCAACUAUGACGGGACACAAUGUGAAAGUGAUCUUCCAAUCACUAUUUACAAGACUCCAGAGAGCGUGUCCAUCAACACAGCUGAUCACACAGGACCGAUGACUAAUGGCUCCACAUAUAAACUUCAGUGUGAUGUUGUGAAUGUGGCUCCUGUUCAGAAUCUCACUGUGAAAUGGUAUAAAGGAGAGACUCUGAUGCAUAAUGAGACCUUCAACAACAGCAUCACGACUCCAGUGAAUACAACAUCUAUACUUCAGAUCAUUGCAGACAGAAGUGAUGAUGGAGUUCAGUACAGAUGUGAAGCAGAGCUGGAACUGGGAGCAGAAGGACCUCAACCUCCUCCAGCAGUGACAUCAGAACCUCUUAACAUCGUUGUAUACUUUAAGCCAAUCAUCAAUGAUGCCAAACUGCCUUCCACAGUGAGUGUGUUUCAAGGCUAUCCUGAGGUGCUUGUUUGUGAAGCGGAGGGUAAACCUAAACCAGAAAUCAGCUGGAGCGACAGAAACGGCAAUAGACUGGAAACAGCAGAUGGAAAUCUUACUGUAUUCGAAUUUGGGGAUGAUGAUUUUUACACGUGCUCUGCAAACAACUCUGUUAACACGACUUCAAGACGAGUAAACUUGGACAUACACGAUAUUUCCAUCAAUCUGAAUCAUAGUGGACCAGUGAUUGAGUCCCAUCAAUAUAGGCUCCAAUGUCACAUUCCUAAUGUGGUUCAGGCUACGAGUGUGAAAUGGUACAAAAGGCAGAGUCUGGUCUAUCAAGAAACCCUCAGUGGCAACAGCAAGACUCCUGAACUCACUAUCGUGCCAAACAGAACAGAUGAUGGAGUCCAGUACAGGUGUGAAGCAGAGCUGAACGUAGGACUGAGAUCAUCAAAACACAUCAGCAUUCAAGUAUUUUAUGUAUCCAUCACCACUGUAAAUCACACUGGACCAGUGAUUGAGUCCCAUCAAUAUAGGCUCCAAUGUCACAUUCCUAAUGUGGUUCAGGCUACGAGUGUAAAAUGGUACAAAAAACAGAGUCUGGUCUAUCAAGAAAGCCUUGACAUCAACAAGACUCCUGAACUCACGAUCGUGCCAAACAGAACAGAUGACGGAGCCCAGUACAGAUGUGAAGCAGAGCUGAACGCAGGACCAUUUGUACCCCAGCGAUUGAAACAACUGACCUCAGAUCUUCUCAGCAUCACAGUACAUUUUAAACCAACCAUCAAUGGGACCAAUCUGCCCACUAAAGUGCCUGUGUUUCGAGGCUAUCCUUUGGUGCUUGUGUGUGAAGCAGAGGGUAACCCAAAACCAACGGUCAGCUGGAGCCAAACCAAUCCUGCAGUUAAUGGUGGAAAUCUCACAAUAACAGAGCUAAUAUCCCAGAAUCCAGUCUGCACCGCAAUCAAUAUCGUUGGCUCCACCAGCAGAAAUAUAACAGUGGUCCCAACAGAGGACUAUCUGCCUUUGAUCGCAGGCCUUGUUGCUGUCACAGUGGCGAUCAUCUCAGUUAUCUUUGUCUUCAUCUUCUCCAUAUACUACAAAACAGCCAAGACGGGACAUUACAGCCUGAAAGAUGCCAAGCCCAGUCCACAAAAUGGAAACAUAGCACAGAAUGGCAAAGACAACCCUCUCCACAUGAAGAAACUCUCUCAGAGCGAUAUCCUUGCUUAUCCUUGAGUCAUCUCAAACUGAGACCAUUUUGCAAGAGGAGAUGGACCAAGGUUUUUUUUACACUGGAGGACUGUGGGCUACUGCUCAGUGGCUGGUUUCUUUUAUGGAGUAAUGUUCCAGUUACUUUACUUUCAGACCCAUUUUCUUUUAAAAUGGACAUUACAGUGUUUCCAAAAAAACUUAAAUGCUUCAUGUAUUUUUCGGUAUCUUUCUCGACAUCUGUUCUUGAGUCAAUGUUUGCCAGAACAGAUGUUUUAUAGGAAAUAACCUGUCCUUAAAUCAGCUUUCAUCAAGAAUCUUUAAUUGAGAACAUUUAUCAGCCAUAAGGUGAUUCUAGAUUGAGUCAUAAAUGCCUUGUUCACUGAAAUAAGGAAGUCGCACACUUUCAAGCGUUUAUAGGUUUUUGUAAAUUGCAUAACAAAAGUAUUCUUUUGUAUUGAGUCUCAGGCACAUUGGUCAUUUUUAAUAUUUGUUUUGUGUGCUGAAUUGAGUAUUGAUAAACACAGCUGAGGAUGUUACAUCAAUAAAUACAUUGAUAGUUGUCUUCCAGAAAAAUUGUCACUUUAGAGGUUAGAAAUAUGCACAGACUGUGAAGACGUCAAUGUUUGGAAAUGAGGACUUGUGUGCCUAACCUGUGACAUCAUGUUUUGAUGAAUUUCUGUAUGUCUGUAAAGAGAAGCUGUAUGUAAAGUUAGUGUGCCAGUUUUAUGGCUCAAGGACUGUAUUGCUGUUAAAACUCAUUGAAUAUCUAUAUUUUUACUGUAUUGCAUAAUCUUACCAAAUAACCAGAUACAAAUCAAACAUCACAUAAUGUAUAAAUUAAUUUGUUGGAAAAAAACAAAUAUUUAAAAAAAGCAUACAUUUGUUUAACAAAAAAUAAAAAAUAGUGUACUGAUCAAUUUUCUCAUUCCUCAGGACCAUUGAACAACUUCUGUUGAUCUGAAAACCUGUUUUGUGUCAAAGAGAGUUAGAUUAUAAUUUUCCAUCCACUAAUGGAAACCCCAUAAGGGUUAAAGUGUGCUUGCAUAUGUUGGACUGGCAGCUAUAGUGUUCGCUUCUAUAGAAAGGUAGAACUGUUUUUGACUAGUUCCUGAUAACCUGCACAGUAACCAUACUCUGUUCUAUACAAGGUAAUGAAUGUAUACAAAUAUACAGUAUCUGAUUGGUUAAGGCACUGGCGUGCCUUUGAGGAAAUAAAGUAAGUAAGAUA